GCGCUCCCGCCACUUUGCGCCUGCUGUCCCAGCUCACCGAUCUCACGCACUAGUGUCAGGACAGACUCGCCCACGAGUUCUGCUCAGGAUCGGAACAUCAAUUAACAUCUGACCACUGCCAGCCCACUCCCUCUCACACACGUGGAUCACAUCUCUGGGCUCCAGAGAGAAAGCAGGUCUUAGGUGAACAAUGAUUUCAGCAUUCUUAUUAUUGGCCAUUGGGACCUGUCUUACCAACUCCUUUGUGCCAGAGAAAGAGAAAGACCCUGAGUACUGGCAACGCCAAGCUCAACAGACCCUGAAACAUGCCCUGGAGCUUCAGAAGCUCAACACAAAUGUGGCCAAGAAUGUCAUUAUGUUCCUGGGAGAUGGGAUGGGUGUCUCUACAGUGACAGCCGCCGGCAUCCUCAAGGGCCAGCUCCACCACAACCCUGGGGAGGAGACCAAGCUGGAGAUGGACAAGUUCCCCUUCGUGGCCCUCUCUAAGACAUACAAUACCAAUGCCCAGGUCCCUGACAGCGCGGGCACCGCCACCGCCUACCUGUGUGGAGUGAAGGCCAACGAGGGCACUGUGGGGGUGAGCGCAGCCACAGAGCGCGCCCAGUGCAACACCACGCAGGGCAACGAGGUCACCUCCAUCCUGCGCUGGGCCAAGGAUGCUGGGAAAUCUGUGGGCAUCGUGACCACCACGAAAGUUAACCAUGCCACGCCCAGCGCUGCUUAUGCCCACUCGGCUGAUCGAGACUGGUACUCAGACAACGAGAUGCCCCCAGAGGCCCUGAGCAUCGCCUACCAGCUCAUGCACAACAUCAAGAACAUUGAUGUGAUCAUGGGAGGUGGUCGGAAGUACAUGUACCCCAAGAACAGAACUGACGUGGAAUAUGAGACGGAUGAGAAGGCCCGGGGCACGAGGCUGGACGGCCUUAACCUCAUUGAUGUCUGGAAGAGCUUUAAACCGAAACGCAAGCAGUCCCACUUUGUCUGGAACCGCACAGAGCUGAUGAACCUUAACCCCAAUACCGUGGACUACCUCUUGGGCCUCUUCAAGCCUGGAGACAUGCAAUAUGAGCUGAACAGAAACAACCUGACCGACCCGUCACACUCUGAGGUGGUGAAGAUGGCCAUCCAGGUCCUGAAGAAGAACCCCAAAGGCUUUUUCUUGCUGGUUGAAGGAGGCAGGAUUGACCAUGAAGGCAAAGCCAAGCAGGCGCUGCAUGAGGCGGUAGAGAUGGAUCGGGCCAUCAGACAAGCAGGCAACAUGACCUCCCUGGAGGACACGCUGACUGUGGUCACUGCUGACCACUCCCAUGUCUUCACCUUUGGCAGGUAUACCCCCCGUGGCAAUUCUAUCUUUGGUCUGGCCCCCAUGGUGAGUGAUACGGACAAGAAGCCAUUCACUGCCAUCUUGUAUGGCAAUGGACCUGGCUACAAGGUGGUAGAUGGUGAGCGAGAGAACGUCUCCACAGUGGACUAUGCUAACAACAACUAUCAGGCGCAGUCUGCCAUGCCCCUGCGUCAUGAGACCCAUGGUGGGGAAGAUGUAGCUGUCUUCGCCAAGGGACCCAUGGCGCACCUGCUGCAUGGGGUCCACGAGCAGAAUUACAUUCCCCACGUGAUGGCUUAUGCGUCCUGUGUCGGAGCUAACCUGGACCACUGUACCCAUGCCAGCUCGGCGGGUAGCCCUGCUUUGGUCCCCCUGCUGCUCUUGCUGGCCCUACUACCCUUGAGCAGCCUGUUCUGAGGGCCCAGCGCCUGGGCACCGUGAG